AUGUCGUUCGUUACAAUAUCAGUGUUUGCGUUGAUCAGUCUACCCUCGUUGAUACAUGGACUUCGCUUCGACUCGGCAUAUGAAGCACAUAAUCUGAACCAGAACCGCACGGCGGAGAACCCCUUGGACUACUGGGGAGAAUGGACCGACCACUCUUACAACCCGUCGCCCUCGAACUGGCGCUUCCCGUUCUACACUCUCUUCCUGGACAGAUUCGUGAACGGCGAUCCCACAAAUGACAACAGCAAUGGCACGCUAUUUGAGCAGGAUAUCACGAGCACUCAGUUCAGACAUGGCGGAGAUCUGCAAGGACUCGUCGACAGCCUGGACUACAUUCAGGGCAUGGGUGUCGAGGGUAUAUACAUAGCUGGAUCUCCCUUCAUCAAUAAACCAUGGCAGUCAGACUCAUACUCGCCCCUCGAUCACACAUUGCUAGAUGAACACUUCGGCAACAUUAGCGAAUGGCGCGAGGCAAUCACGGAAAUCCACAGUCGUGGGAUGUAUGUCCUUAUGGACAACACAGUCGCUACAAUGGGAGAUCUUGUUGGAUUUGAUGGCUACCUCAACGAAUCCACCCCAUUUGUGACGGGAGAGCAUCCGGUCUUAUGGAAGAGUGAUAGAAGGUAUCUCGACUUCGAUAUUGGGUUUGACUAUAACGAGACUUGCGAGUUUCCGCGCUUGUGGGCCGAGGACGGCUACCUGAUCAGCGACGACGUCAUGAAUGAGUUUAAAGGCUGCUAUGACGGAGACUUCGACCAAUUCGGUGACACUGAGGCGUUUGGCGUGUACCCUGACUAUCGACGUCAACUCACGAAGUUUGCCUCCGUGCAGGACCGUCUUCGUGAAUGGGUCCCGUCUGUGAGAGAAAAGAUCGAGCAUUUCUCCUGUAUCACCAUUGCCAUGCUUGAUAUCGAUGGGUUCCGAUAUGACAAGGCCACGCAAGUCACCGUUGAUGCCACCGGGCAAUUCUCCACUCACCUCCGGGAGUGUGCUCGACGCUUAGGGAAAGACAACUUCUUCCUCCCCGGCGAAAUCACCGGAGGAAACACGUUUGGAUCCCUCUAUAUCGGACGUGGACGCCAGCCUGAUCAGUACUUCACGAACCUGACGACUGCUGUGUCUGUGACGAACGGAACAGCCCAGGAAGAUGCCAAAUUCCUGCACGACGAAGGCCAAAAUGGUCUCGACUCAGCCGCUUUUCACUAUUCGAUCUACCGACAUCUAACUCGUUUCCUGGGAAUGGACGGAAAUUUGGAAGCUGGAUUCGACCUUCCACGGAAUUGGGUCGACUCCUGGAACGAGAUGUUGCUCACCAACGACUUCCUGAACCCCAACACCGGGGUGGUGGAUCCGCGACACAUGUACGGAGUUACGAAUCAGGAUGUCUUCCGAUGGCCAGCUAUCCACCAAGGUAUUGAGCGAAUGCUGCUAGGCCAGUUCAUCACGUCACUGCAUAUGCCGGGUGUCCCGUUGAUGCUCUGGGGGGAAGAGCAGGCUUUUUACGUUCUUGACAGUACAGCAGACAACUACAUCUACGGCCGACAAGCGAUGAGCCCGUCUCCGGCCUGGCAGACUCAUGGCUGCUACAGCGGAGGCAGCGACCAAUAUUUUAAGAUGCCGCUCGUGGCUGCUCGAACCGGCUGCCUGGACGAAACUGUUUCCUGGGAUCACCGAGAUCCGAGCCACCCCAUCAGAAACGUCAUCAAGGCGAUGUACAAACUACGAAACGAGUAUCCAGUUUUGCACGAUGGGCUAUUUCUCCAACAGCUGUCUAACCAGACCGAGAUGAUCACGUACCCUGGUAGCAACGAAACCUCUACCGAGACCGGUCUGUGGAGCGUCAUGCGUUCUGCUUUCGAAGGCGUGCAAGACUUUGGAAACUCAACGGCCGUUUGGCUGGUCUACCACAACCGAAACGAAACGACCGAGUACUCGUUCGACUGUACACUGAACACGUCAGCACUCAUUGCUCCCUUCGAUGCAGGGACCACGGUCAAGAACCUCUUCUUUCCCCAUGACGAAAUCACGUUGACCGAAUCGACCAAAAAGCUAGGCAUCAAAGGCUCUACUGAAUAUAAUGGCUGCAGUUCAAAACUGAGCAUGCUGCCGUAUGAGUUCCGGGCUUACGUCCCGAAAAGCAAAUUCGUUCCUCCACCAGCCAUGAUUACCAUGUUCAGCCCAGGUCAUGAUUCUCGCGUUAUUUCCGCCGAAGCCGACAAGUCGGUCAAGAUCGAGUUCCACGUGUCUGCGGCGAUGGACUGCGAUAGUUUCACGCGCGCCAUCGAGUUUGCGUCUAUCACGGGCAACAACGCGGUCCCUGAAAUCGACAACUCCACCGUCAUUUGCACCAGUGGCUCCGAUGUGGAAACACUUCCUUACAUAGGCGCUGUAGCCUCCGCUUGGAAGUGGUCGGCGAGCAUUACCAAUGUGGAAGAUGGCGUCCACCAGAUCAUUGUCCGCAACGCCACAACGGAGGACAUGGGCAGCUUCACGAACAGCGUGGAUCGUUUCUUGAUCAGACUCGGCACUGCGGGCAACCCGAUCGUGUUUCCGACUACCGGCAACUACUCGUCCAGUCUCCUGACUAAGAGCGCCCAAGGCGACCUGACUCUCCACCAUGAAGCUGCCGGCGCAAGCAAAUGGCGCUACUCGCUGAAUUGGGGCUCGACCUGGAGUGACUGGACCGACUACGAAUCCGAUACUACUAGUAUCGACCAACAACAAUGGUCCGGGACUGAAUCUCAGGCUUGGGACGGUGAACAUGUCAUCGUCCAAUACUUCAGCAAGCUCCUCGGGAGCAGCAGUAUCGUUCAACACGGCGAUGUCGACCACUCCGUAACCCGCCGGUUUCCCCAUCUUUGGGCCAACGGACCAUUCAAUCAAUUCGGAUUCGACGCUGGAAUCCACAACCAGCUCCAUCAGACGGCAAAUUCUCAAUGGGAGUGGCACUUCAUGGUCGAGUGGCCGAGCCGCUUCCAACUCAACGUCUGGGGUAUGAACCCAGACGGGCAGCCGGAUCAGUCAUUCGUAUAUGGAGACAACAACGGCGACUUCGUCAUCGAUCGGCUACCGCCAUCGAGCCUGGUCGAGAGCGCUGUGAACGUUACCGACGUACCUCCGGCGCCGUACUUGGCUUACCGACUUGUCCUUGAUGACGCUACUCUCAACUACGACCUGGUGCCUACGGGAGACCGCGGAGUUCAGCUUGCCUUGUACAUCAUUCUCUGGCUCGCCCCUCUGAUCAGCGGCAUCCUCUGUGUAUAUGUCUUCAAGGCGUCUUUCUACAAGGUCAAGUACGUGGAGAUGGGGCUCAAAGACGCGAGGAGCAAAAUCCUACCGUACAUACAGGAUACUGCAAAGGACAUCAUGGCCCUCAUGCCCCUGUCGAAGAAGGCGGAACAGGAGAAGGCCUUAGUGUCCCAGGGCCAGGGCCGCCGCUGCGUCUUAAUCGCGACCAUGGAAUACAACAUCGACGACUGGAACAUCAAGAUCAAGAUCGGCGGUCUGGGUGUCAUGGCCCAGCUGAUGGGCACGAGCCUUCAGCACCAGGACCUCAUCUGGGUCGUGCCCUGUGUGGGUGGCAUUGAAUACCCCAUCGACACGCCCGCCAAAUCCAUGUUCGUCACCGUUCUGGGAAUGCAGUACGAGGUGGAAGUGCAGUACCACAAACUGGGUAACAUUACCUACGUCCUGCUUGACGCGCCAGUCUUUAGAAGACAGACCAAGGCCGAGCCGUACCCGCCCCGUAUGGACGACCUCGACAGCGCAAUCUACUACUCUGCAUGGAACCAGUGCAUCGCCGAGGCCUCAAAGAGGUUCCCCGUCGAUCUCUACCAUAUCAACGACUACCAUGGAGCGGCAGCUCCGCUGUACCUCCUGCCCAACACGAUCCCGGCUGCCAUGUCGCUCCACAACGCCGAGUUCCAGGGCAUGUGGCCCAUGAGGACGCCAGCCGAGGCUGAAGAAGUCUGCAAGGUCUACAAUCUGGACCAGUCCGUCGUGAGCAAGUACGUGCAAUACGGGUCCGUCUUCAACCUCCUCCACGCCGGCGCCAGCUACCUGCGAGUGCACCAGAAGGGGUUCGGCGCAGUCGGUGUCUCGAAGAAAUACGGCGACCGCUCCUUCGCGCGCUAUCCCAUCCUCUGGGGUCUCAGAGACGUGGGCCAGCUCCCCAACCCGGACCCGACCGACACCGCGGAGUGGGACCGGGAGGCGUUCAUGAAGGACACCGAGGUCGCCGUCGACGCCAACUUUGAGAACGGCCGAGCAGACCUGAAGCGCCAGGCACAAGAGUGGGCAGGCCUCGAGGUCAACCCCAAGGCCGAGCUCUUCGUCUUCGUCGGGCGCUGGAGUCUGCAGAAGGGUGUUGAUCUUAUAGCCGACAUCUUUCCCGCGGUCCUGGAGCAGCACCCGGAUACCCAGCUCGUCUGCGUCGGCCCGGUCAUCGAUCUCUAUGGCAAGUUUGCGGCGCUGAAGCUUUCGAAACUCAUGGAGAAAUACCCAAAGAGGGUGUACAGUAAGCCCGAGUUCACGGCCUUGCCUCCGUACCUCUUCAGUGGGGCGGAGUUUGCCCUGAUUCCCUCUAGAGAUGAGCCUUGUAACCCAGAGUCGGCUGAGCAGCUAAAUUAUGUUGGCCUUGUAGCCGUUGAGUUCGGUCGAAAGGGGGCUCUUGGAGUUGGUGCCAGAGUCGGCGGUCUGGGCCAGAUGCCCGGCUGGUGGUACACAAUUGAGUCGACAAGUGCCGCUCACCUACUCGCCCAGUUCAAGGAGGCCAUCACCUCUGCACUGGAGACGAAGCAAGAAACCCGCGCCAUGAUGAGGGCCUGGUCGGCCAAGCAGCGUUUCCCAGUGGCCCAAUGGCUCGAAGACCUGGAGACACUACAGUCGACGGCCAUUAGGCUCCACGAGAAGCCCAAACCCAGGCGUCAACGCAAAAAGUUGGUCCGAAAUUCGACAUUGAGCAUGGGUAACCAGCCAGGAGCGUCUGGCCGGGAAUCGCCCGCGCAGACAGAAAAGCAGGCACAGGCGGUGGAGGUGCUCGGUGAACUUCGCCUUCCAGAAUUCCCAUCUGAGACAGUGACCUCGACACCUGAAUUAUCGCCCCUUAGCUCCCGACGGUCGUCAAUCACUGGAUUCCAAACACCACCCGACAAUGUGUACCUGACGCCGAGAGACGGCUCGCCCCCGCUGUCCAGCUCCUCGCUCAGCGUCAACGAGGUGGUGGGCGGGCGCAGCGACUUCAAGUUGCAGCGCGUGGACCUCUUCUUCACGGAUUCGCGCGGCGAGUUCUACGACGCCUUCGAGAAGAAGCUCGACGACCUCAGCGCCAGCAACUCGACGUCGGACCUCUGCAUCCAGGACUACCUCACCAAGAGCGAGAAGCAGUGGUUCAGCCACUACCGCAAUGCGAAACUGGGCCGCCAGUCUGUAGGUGGUUCUGCGCCCAACUCCCGGCCGGGGUCCAGCAGGAUGUCAACCAUCGCGUUUCCGUUCACGAAGUCCAGGAUCUCCUCCCAGGCCCAGUCCGUCGUGACCGAAGCGGAAGAGAACAACAGCGUCUGGGCUUACAACGACGAGGAAGACUUUGGCUUAGCCAAGGACUACAAGCCGCCGGGGGGCGUUCAAAGCAUUCUCCAGCGCCGCAUUGGUGACUGGCCUAUAUACAGCAUGCUGCUGGCGCUGAGCCAGGUCAUCGCAUCGAACUCGUACCAAAUCACCCUCCUGACCGGUGAAGUAGGCCAGAGUGCAUCAAAGCUGUACGUCGUGGCGUCCGUCUAUCUGGCGUCGACCAUACUCUGGUACAUUCUCUCUCGCACCAAACCAGCCAUCUACGUUCUAUCGAUACCGUUCUUGUUCUACGGCGUCGCAUUCCUUAUCCUCGGCGCCUCGCCCUUUGCGAACACAAUCGGCGGGAGGGGAUGGAUGCAGAAUGUCGCUACUGGGCUCUACGCAGUCGCUUCUUCAAGCGGUGCAUUGGCCUUUGCGUUCAACUUUGGAGAUGAGGGCGGCUCCCCGGUCACAACGUGGAUUUACCGCGCGACCAUCAUCCAAGGCCUGCAACAGAUAUACUCCCUCGGCCUUUGGGCCUGGGGCAGCAUCAUCUCGACCUCGACAGCCGCCGGACAAGCCCAGAGCGCCAGCCUCGCCGCCUCGCCGUACCUCAUGGCUGUCUGCGCGCCCAUCGCCGUGAUACUGUGGGCCGUCGGCCUGCUGCUCUUCCUGGGCCUGCCGGACUACUACCGAGAGACUCCGGGUGCGGUGCCGAUGCUGUGGCGGUCGCUCGCCAAGCGCCGCACCAUCGUGUGGUUCCUGUUCGCCGUCGUUCUUCAGAAUUACUUCCUGUCGGCGCCCUACGGCCGCAACUGGUUCUUCUUGUUCGGCUCGCAGCACGUGUCGACGGGCGCCGUCGUGCUGCUCGCCUUGGGCUUCUUUGGUCUCGCCUGGACCGCCAUCCUCUUUGUGUUGUCCUUCUUCAGCCGCAGCCACCCAUGGCUGUUCCCUCUCUUCGCCGUCGGCCUCGGCGCCCCGCGCUGGGCCCAGAUGCUCUGGGGCACCUCGGGCAUCGGGCUCUACCUCCCCUGGGCCGGCGGCCACGUCGCGUCCGCGCUGGCCAGCCGCUCGCUGUGGCUGUGGCUCGGGCUACUCGACGGGAUCCAGGGCGCGGGCGUCGGCAUGAUCCUCAUGCUGACGCUCACACGCGUCCACGUCGCCGCGGCCGUGGUCGCCGCGCAGGUCAUCGGCAGUCUGGCGACCAUCGUCGGACGGGCCUCGGCGCCCGACAAGGUCGGGCCCGGCGACGUGUUCCCGGACUUCUCGCAGGGCGUUGGCUUCGCCACUUCCAAGGCGUGGUUCUGGGUUGUGCUUGUUUGUCAGCUGGGCAUCUGUGCGGGUUAUUUCAAAUUCUUCCGCAAGGAGCAGGUCAGCAAGCCUUGA